AUCUAGUUUUGCUGCAAGGAGACCGUCACUGCAUUGUAUGCAUAUAUAUAUAUUAUAUAUAGAUAGAUAGAUAGCAGCAGCAUCCAAAAGCAAAGGCAAGCAAUGCCUCACGGUGGCUUCUCCGGCAGCCUCACGUCGCCGAGAUUGGACCUGGCCGUGGACAUGGGCCAUCCCUUCCUCAACCGCACCGUCGACGGCUUCAUCAAGAUUGGCACCGUUGGUGCUUGCAAGGUCGCCGCCGAGGAGACGUUCGAGUGUCUCCACAAAGGGGACGUCUCCAAGCACAAAGUCGAGCAUGCUCUGAAGAAAAUGUGCAAGGAAGGCGCGUAUUGGGGUACUAUUGCUGGUGUAUACAUGGGCGUGGAGUACGGAAUCGACAAGAUCCGUGGUCACAGGGACUGGAAUGCGAUGCUUGGAGGAGCCGUGACGGGAGCCUUGGUCUCUGCCGUGAACAACCACCAGCGGCACAAGGUGGUGAAGAACGCCAUCACCGGAGGAGCCUUGGCAACCGCCGCGGAGUUGCUCACCCACCUCAGCUCAUGAUCCUCCAUCCCAUCCGAUCGGAUCCCUAGCAUAACACGCCAUGCAUGCAUCCAGACACUGGCAAGCGAUGUAUCCAUCCAUCGUUUUUCAUCCGUUCAUUCUGUUUGUUAAUUUCAGUAUUCACACACACAUAAUGUGGACAGGAAUAAAAUAUUCUUUUUCGUUUCCUCAUCCAUGCAUACCUCUAUGAACCUGAUUAUUAUAGGCAUUUUUCUGUCAUUGGUUUUUGCUG